UCCUGUUUCAUAGACGAUCUUUGGUUGAGAAAAAUGGCGUCGGAUAAUGGACUGGCCUCUCUGGGGCCGGAGGGCGCAUCAGCAGCCGCGCAUGCGCUGUCUCUUCCUGCAGACGCUUACGGCAACGAUCCCCGGCUGGAAGUCAUGUGGGCGAUGAAGGCGUACAACCACGCCGAAGUUUACUUCAAUCUCAUUUCAUCCGUCGACCCGAAGUUCCUGAAACUGACCAAACUGGACGACAGAAUCUACUCGCUGUUCAGAGAAACGUUCAAAGAGCUCGACAUCAAGCUGCUGAAACCCGACGACCUGAAGUCCGGCGAGGCUAAGGAGACAUGGCGUCUGUUCUGUAACCAGUUCGAAGGCCUCGUGGAAGAUUUCAACUACGGGACUCUGCUGCGUCUGGACUGUGAGAAGGACUACACAGAAGAGAACACGAUAUUUGCCACCAGAGUUCAGUUCUUUGCUGUUGAAAUCGCCCGAAACAGAGAAGGCUACAACAACGCCGUGUUCAUGGCUAAGCGUUCCAAGAGUUAGCCUCAGAGCGGACCAGUAGUGAACCAGUAAUGAACCAGUAAUGAACCAGUUAUGGACCCAUCCAGCCCUGCACACCAUCACCUGGAGUCUGCAGCAGCAGAAACUCAUCAUCAUCAUGUUCUUUAACCUGAAGUCUGGUGAAAAGCUGUUUGUCUGACUGAAUCGGAGCUUCGACACAUUUUGUAUUUAAACUUUUAUCGUGCCAAUCGUAAUGGUUGUUUAUACUGAAAGAACUCUGAAGUUACAUUUUGUUUGCUUGUAAACGAAACGACAAAUAAAAAGUCGGCGUCAUUUUUCCGC